AUGGGUUCUCUUAUUUACUUUUAUGAAAAUGAAAAUGCUAAUACUUAUAUAAAUAGAAAGAUUAAGAAGAAUGUAAAGGUUGAAAGAAGUGAUGGUAGUAGCUGCAGUGUUGAUAAUGUUGCAAUUAAAACAGAAAGUGAUUUGGGAGGAUUGACAAACCAAGAUGAUGAAGAUGAUAGCGAUUGUGUCCCUGAUUCAGAUCAAGUCAGUUAUCAGAAUGUCUACAUAGAUUAUGAUGAUCUACAAACAAUAGGUGAAGGUGAAGACUGUGAAUUAUUGGAGAGUGACAGAGAUGAAGAUAUAGAGAUAGAGGCUGAUACAAUAACAGAUGAAGAUUCUGUUAGCAAUUUAUUAAAAGAUCAUUUGUCCAUUGUUUUUGAUUCACAACUCCUUGUCUUAUCUAAACUUAAAAUACCAGCAAAGUGUAGAAAAUGUGAUGGUGUUAUUACAGAAGAAUUGAAGCAUGUAGGGUCCUCAACUCUUAUUAUAUGGAUGUGUACUUCAGGUCACAAAAUAGAGAGAUGGUGUUCUCAGCCAGUAGUUCGAAGAAUAAGAGUAGGUGAUUUUUUAUUGGCUUCCAAUAUUCUGGCUUCUGGUAAUAACUACAGAAAGAUUGCCAUGCUAUUCCAGUUUAUGAAUAUGGGAUGUGUUUCUGAAUCAACAUUUAACAGAAUACAGAAACACUACUGUUCACCAGCAAUUACAAAUUUUCGGUAG